AUGGCUGCAAUUGUGAAUGUAAAGGAUGCUGCCUCCCGGCUUGCACAAUUCGCCGAUGAAGCUGUUACUUUCUUUCAACAACUUAAUUCCUCUAACAAGGAUAUUAUAAAACGGCUUGAACAGUGGGAAAGCUUAUCGAGAUUAGCGAGUGAGAUCGAAUCAGUCCCCUCCACCGACAGCAAUGACACUGAGAAGCAACUCGAAUUUACAACACAAAUCUUGCUCCACUGCUCUGAGAUCACCAAAGACAUUCUGAUUGGAUUUAACUGGCGCGAAUUCACUUUGGACGAUCCGGGGCUGGUGACCGUGUACGAUCGUCUUAAUGGACAGAGAGUCAAAACCCUUUUUGAAGAUCUGGAACGAGAACAGUUAUGUCUGGUGACCUUCCGAGAGUCAGAAUUCAAGUCAUUAUCAUGUGUUUCAAACUCUACGCAUCAACUAGAGUAUUCAAAUUCUUUCAAAGAGCGCGAAAAGGAACUUUUGCACUAUUUAUUUGUUACCGACCCACGACAGGAUCUUGCAUCACUCGAAUCAGCAAAGGGUCAUGUUCUAGAAGGCACUUGUGCAUGGAUCACAGAAAUUCCCGACUUCCGCUAUUGGCUCUUGCCCCCCAGCAAGUGCAAAGGUCUUAUUAUCCAAGGAAGCCAAGGCACAGGAAAGACCAUGCUGGCCAGUUACAUCGCUGGUCAACUCGAACGAUUAUCUGGACACACGCCUGAUGAAACCGUGCUAUACUUCUUCUGCAGCCAGGGAAACAUCUAUAAGAACUCCGCUACGGCCGUUCUUCGUGGACUUAUAUGGCAACUGUGCAAACUGAGGCCGGGACUUAUACACCAUGGGCUUGACAAGAUUCGAGCUCACGGUAGCGACCGCAUAGCAUUGGCAAAGAACAUGGUUGAAAUCCUUUGGCAAAUCUUUAUUGCCAUGAUUCGCGACCCAGCCGCAGGAACUAUUACUUGCAUUCUCGACGGAAUCGACGAGUGUGAUGUAUCAUCGAUCAGGGGUUUGACACAUCGGCUCUCUGAACUUUUAACCUCGCCCAAAUCUCCUCAGAACUUUCGACUCCUCAUGACUUGUCUAUCAGCACCUUCCCAAAUGAAGCACAAAGAUACCUUCUCAAUACUAUCUCUCGAUUCAGAACUGCAAGAGAACAAUGCCCGCGAUGUCCAGCUCUAUAUAAACAAAAGCCUCAAGAAGAUCGCACAAGACAAUGAAUGGCCUUUGCAACUCCACGGCCAAGUGGUAACAGCUCUCGCAUCACGACCCAACCAGUCUUUUCAUUGGGCAAGCUUGGUAUUAUCUGACCUCCGAUACAAAUCAAAACUUCAGAUACCCUUGCACAUCAGGUGUCUAAGUAAUAGUUUUGAAACUAUCUACGGCAACAUUCUGCAAGAGAUCCCGGUCGAACAUAGAAAACGGGUGCGAUUAUUGUUUAGUUGGUUAUUGCUUGCAUACCAUCCUCUCACUAUUCAAGAGCUACAUGCCUUGAUGGGAGAUCAGGCUUCCGACUCAGAGACCAGUAUCGAAGAUCUAAAGACCUGUAUCAAGGUCUGCAGAUCCAUUGUCGUCAUUAGACCAGAGACGAGGAAGUCGGAUUUGGAAUACGAGACAGUGCAGACUGUCCAGCUAUCACAGCGCUCAGUUCGAGACUUUCUUCAUCGUUACAUGACAGUAGAAAGGACCGGUCCUGGUGCCUUUCAGAUACACACUGAUAAAGACCAUGAGUCUAUUGCGUCGCGAUGUUUGGAUCUGAUGGAAGAGUUGCUCCCAAUCUGGUCGGAGGGCAAGACAGACGAGAGAUCCGAUCUAGUGCUUCCCUAUGCAACCCGGUUCUGGUUUAGACAUCUCGGAGAGUACCCUCAGUUACUCCAAGACGAUAAAAUAACAGCAAAAGCUAUGUCGUUCCUGACGCAGGACCAUGUUAGUCGAGGAUUGUGGUUCACAUACCUGUCAAAGUUCAAGGAUACACGAGAAUAUAUCAAAAAGCAAUGGACUGCAAGAAAGCAUGGUCACCAUUUUCCUACAGUCAACGGGCUUGGGGAAAUCACGAAUGUCAUCAUAGUCGAGCAGCCAAAGGAUUUGAUUUCAGCAGAGAGACUCAGCGCUUUACAACUAGCUUCACUUCUUGGCAUAAUACCAGUUGUUCGGAAGAUCAUCGACACCACAAGUCUGGCAAGAUAUCUGAGACAGACCAACAUUCGAUCUUCACUAUACAGCGUCUAUUUCACGCAUCCCAGAAGCAAGACUCGUAUAUCAGAAACUCAGGAAGGACAGCCGAUAUUAGCCACUGCGGAACUUGUUGCGAUGACUCCCCUCGAGCUAGCCGUGCUUGAAGGACACAGGGAGGUUGUGUCUCUUUUAUUGGACAGUCAUCCGCACUCUAGCAUGCGACCGGACUCGGAAUUUGCUCUGGAGACGGCCAUCAGCCAAUGUGACAGAGAGAUGGUGAAGUUGCUGAUAAGAGCUGGAGCCUCAAAGCUGAAAGCCUCCAAGAAUUUUGAUGGACCUAUUGGUACUGCCAUGACCAACAACCGCUUAGACGUGGUCAGGUUCUUCUGCAACUCUGAUAACAGCAUCUGGGAACGAGAAGAUUCGAAACGGGAUGAGAUUACGUAUGCUUUACUGCACUUGGCCAACGAUGCGACACCGUAUCCUCACGAUGAACCCAGGUUUGAGGAAUACGCAAGAGUUCUGCUUCAUGGCAAUGCUUCGCCAAAUGGUACUGUCUCUUGCCGUGAAGGUCACAGUUUCAGACAUUUGAAAUAUGGAGUCCUGCAGUUGCUACACAGUCGUGGAAUCACCCUCCAAGCUCUAGGUCCAUUCCCAGACGAACAAACACCUCUAAUGCUCGCUAUCUCAUCCAUGCAUCUGAGUUGUGAUGGGGUCGAUCCAACAGAAAUCGUCCAAUUUCUUUUGGACUCAGGGGCCUCCGUUAACCAAACAGACCGAAAAGGAUGGAGUGCUUUACACCACGUCGCUAACCAGAUUGCGCUGGGAAGAGCAAAGAAGGCCUGGGAAGAUAUGCACGACGGCGAAGAGUACAAGCUAUAUGCCAUUGCUGGUCUUUUGAUCGAAGCUGGUAUCAACCAGGAUCUGGAGGAUAGGGAAAAGCGCAAGGCGGCUGAUAUACUCGAGAUUGUGGGUGCUCCGGUAUGGAAACGGGAUAAUUCAUGGUAUGAACGAUUAAUGAGAAGUGAACCUACGAGGAGGAUGACCCUUGAAUAG